AUGAAACCCUUUUUCUUGCUCUCAAUCAUCUGCAUCUCCUUAGUGCCACGCCAAAUUGUCGCAGAUGUAGUAGAACAUGCUUGCCAGCUCUCAAAAGACAAAGAUUUUUGUGUCUCCAGCCUCCGGUCUGAUCCCGCCAGCCAACACGCCGAUCUACGAGGCUUAGCGUCGAUAGCGAUAAAGCUCGCCCACAAAAAUGCGACGGACUUGAUGGAUCAGAUUGCCGGUUUGGCUAACAAUGAGACCGCCAAUGCAGACCCUGCCGCGCAGCAGGGGCUAUUCGAUUGCUCCGACAAUUACCUGGACGCGGCGGAGCAGCUUGAGAACUCGCUCGGCGCCCUGUCGCGGAAUUCGGCCCACGACGUCGACGUCGGCAAUUGGGUGAAGGCGGCGGUCGCUGAUGCUAAAUCAUGUGAGGACGGGCUGCAGGGAAUGAAGAUUGAGGUGGCCCACCAGAAUAGAGUAUUUAUUGCAUUAGCCAAGAAUGCCUACGCCAUUAUUCAGGUCUUGACUGGAUAA